AUGGAGCGCCCGGGAACCCCACCACGACAAGCAUCAGCUCUGAGACGACCACCAUCCCCGCCCACCCCGGAGGUCACUCGCCGCAUGGAAGAGUCUCGCCUACGCGCAAAAGCCACACGCGACCAGCGCGAAGCCGAGCAACCAUCAUCAACCGGCAUCCUCUCAGGGUCCCGAACCGCACCCUCUGGCCUCCUCCCGACAAAUGAUACCCAGCUCGCCGGCCGCAACGCCUCCGGGAGGAAGCGGCCGUACGCAUCCAUAUCACGAGCCGAAGUGCCCGCAACGAACCGCGAUUCAUCAUCCCGCGCCGCCGCCGGUCCCUCUUCCAACAAAGAUGGAGGGGACAAGGAGCUGCGUCCCAUGUCACGCAAGUUCAGCAAAUAUGUCGACUACAACUUCAGCGCCAUGACCGACACCAAAGGCGGUUUUUUGAGCGCUGAGGACGACCCAUGGAAUAAGAGCAUGUCUAGUACUACGGGCGGCGGCGGCGCCUCGGGAUCCGGAGAGCAAAAGCCGGCGCACAUGACGGCCGCCGAGUGGGAGCGGAUGCAGCUGAUCCGAAAGCUGCAGCGCAACAAGACGGGGCCGUUUGAGCCCUCGCUGAGCGUGCUUGCCGACGAGAAGACACGCAAGCGGUGUCGGGAAUGCCGCUCUGUGGAGAUUGAUUUUGUCUGGGAGGAGGUGUUUGGGUGCGCCGUGUGCAAUACCUGCAAGGAGAAAUACCCGGAAAAGUAUAGCUUGCUUACCAAGACGGAAUGCAAGGAGGAUUACCUGUUGACAGAUCCCGAGCUCAAAGACGAAGAACUCCUCCCGCACCUGAACAAGCCGAAUCCACACAAGUCUCACUGGCACGACAUGAUGCUCUUUCUACGGUACCAAGUCGAGGACUACGCCUUCAACCAAAAGUGGGGCUCGCCCGAAGCAUUGGACGUAGAGUUUGAGAAGCGCGAGGCGGACAAGAAGAGGCGCAAGGAGGCCAAGUUCAAGGAGAAGCUUCUGGACCUCAAGCGCAAGACCAGGACGGACGCGUUCAGGCGCAACAAUGCAAAGGCGGCGAGUAGUAUUAGUGUCGCCGGAGGAGGGAUAGGAGGGGGAAAAGCAGUGAAGUUCGGGGAUGCUAUUGGGGGUACGGGUGGGAGACAUGUGCAUGAAUGGGGUCGGACUGUUGAGAAUGAGGCGGGUAUGACGGUUAAGACGUGCGUCAGCUGUGGCAUGGAGGUCGAGGAGUUGGAACUUUGA